AAACUGAAAAAUUCAAAUUUGCUUUCCCGGCUUUGCCCUGAAGACGUCUAGCGGAUGAAAAGGUAACCUCAAAAAUCGUCUGCUUUCUCUAUUGACAACUCACGAUCGGAAAUUUUUUCAGCUAAAACAAGAGUAAGAUGGAUCGGCCUACGAGAGAGUUUGCCUUACAACUAAUGGCAUCUAAAGAAAAAAUGGAAUCGGAACUUGUAGAGCUCUUGGAUGUUUUGAAGUCGAAUAACACAGACAUGACUGCUCCUCUUGUGGAUAAUGAAGGAUUUCCACGCUCAGAUAUUGAUGUGUAUCAAGUUCGAACUGUGCGUCAAAAAGUGAUAUGCCUUAGAAAUGACUUGAAGAACUUAACCAAUCAGAUUGAAAGUGUUCUGCAUAACCUUCAUGCACAGCAGAGAGAAGGUGCUGGAAUUGAUGAAAACAGCAAGACAUCUUUCUUGAAUGAAUAUGAUGAGCACACAGUCCCUUUUGCCAAAAUAGGAGCAGUAACUGAAGGAUCCCCAGCAGAAAAAGCAGGGCUUAAAGCCGACGAUCUCAUCCUUGGAUUCGGAUCAUUACGAGCCAGUAACUUUAGCAGUUUGAAAGAUGUGGCACAAAUUGUUCAGCACAGACUGGAAUGUGAAAUCCCUCUUUGCAUUCGGCGAAUGGAGGUACUCAUGCAAAUCACCCUUAUUCCUAAACCUUGGAACGGUAAAGGUUUUCUUGGAUGCGUGGUAUUGCCUUUUGAUACCGUAGACCGUUAAAACAAUAAUUUGUAAUUACAAACAAUACAUUUUUCACCGUUAACUGUUUCUCAUAAUUAAAGAGGUUAGGCUGGA